GCAUCGUCUACCGGGAAGGGCAGAUGAUGAGCGUGGCCAGACAUCCCAGCCUCUGCCUCAUCUGCCAAACUCGCCAAUUUCGCCUCUCCCGUCGCCGCAUCUGCACAACUCCUCGCCAACGCGUUCCCAAACCGACCUCAAUCGCUGUCCGACCCGAGGACGAUGGCUUCCUGCUCGCACCACCACCACCACCACUACCACCUUUGCAGAACAUAAACUCCAAGAGGGUUCUUCGCCAAUUCAAAAACGAUGGGGAAAGAGAAAGCAUCCCUACCGACGCUCUCCGAGACCUCGCCGCUCGAGAAGCAGCGCUAAGCUUCGAAGCCCUCUACCGCGAGAGAGAUGCACGCAUACAAACAUUACGGUCUCUGUCCAAUCCAUGGCCUGGAGUCAGAGCAGAUAUGGGCCGCCAUCCCCCCAACGCUCGGCUCCCUGAACCACAAGAUAUGCACAUCUCCCAUGCCACUUUCCGCCAAAAUAUCAAAGCUGCCAUUGGCUGCGGCUCAAAGGCCGCUCGACAGGUCAUGAGAGCGCAACUUCUGCGCGCAGAAUGGCCGAAGGAUAUCUUGCGUGUUGUAGCUGUUGCUAUGCAGCAUCGUGAAACCGCCGUCGGUAUUACGCAUCUCCACGAGCCGAUCAUGCGAGCACUCUAUCGUUGUCGGGAUCACGUGUCCGAUCCAAAGGUCUUGGAGACGUUGCAUGCAAUUAUCACGCGCUUCCGGUAUGCAGGGCUGAAAGUCAAGUCUCAUCUUCUGUAUUUAGCACUCAAGUUUGCGGCGAGAAGUCGGAGUAAAGAGUCCAUGCGAAAAUAUCUGAAAAUGAUCAGAGAGGAUGGGAUAGGGAUGAGUAGUAACGUCUAUCGAUCUGUCGUUGCGAAAUGCAGUAUUGGGAAUCGCGGCCUGGGAGAGAUUCGGAAUGGGAGAUGGAAACAAUCUGAUUUGCGAGAAGUUCUUCUGGGUUUCGAAGGAUGCGAGGACCUGGCCGAGGAAGAGAAGUACCAUUUCGGGACAUUCCUCAAUCGAGACGAUUGGCAAUACCUUCAUGGCUGGGUGGCUAUUUUGGCGAGAGUGAAGGAGAGCGGAGCUGUUUGGAAAGAGUGGUUGCUGUGGCGAGAAACGAAGGCGUACAAGGAGCCUCGAUUAUUAGUUGUCCCGGGCGAGGAGGAUGUGAACAGGUCUCGUGUGGACCCCGACAUGACGACCAAGCUCAGAGGAGUUUACUGGUUCGUGGAAUCAAUGGUAUGUGCUGGAGAUAUCGCGAAGGCCUGGGUAAUUUUGAAAGAGAGCGGUGUUCCUUUCAGUGUACUGAAGCAGAGAAUUAAGUUUCGCAUGCUAGACGAGCCCGAGCAUGUCGUUUCAUGGGACGAGACUAUGCGACAAGAACUCUUGAAGAAAUACGACUCGGAUCUGGCCAAAAUUGAGCAGGCUCUCGGGGUGGUAUGGAAGGCUGGCGUCGACGAAGGGGAUGGACAACACGAGCUAUACAUGGACCAAGAAGAGGCUUUGGACCGGCUUGGCUCUGCAAUAUGGAAAUGGAAUGAGCAGAUUGGAUAUCCUUGGGAGGAGGAGGACCAGGAGGCGGAAGAAGAGAGUUCGAUCAUGUUCCAGAGCGAGAGAGAAUUGCAUGAUGCUGCUGAAGAGAGAACAUGGUGUCGAGUUGAAUAAAUUACUUACCAGGAGGCAUAGCAUAUGAUACCCUAGCAUGAAUCACGAC